ACUCCAUUUAUGUUUCUGCCCCGGGCAUCCCAACCAUUCAGGGAUGUUGUGGAAGCCAAGCGUGAAAUGCUAAACUCCUCGCUCGGCGGGAAAUUUGCCACAAGAGGCGUAGUUUAUAGGAAGGUCGCAUUCUCCGCCGCGUCGUCAGACUUUCUUCCGGCCUUCUGCUUCCGGGGUUUCGGGUUGUGCGGGAGAGGGUGGAGCCUCACCUCAGUCGCGGCUUGGGAAUCAGCCGACGAGGGUGACGCCGCUGCUGCCGCCAUUAUGUCCGGCAGUGGUGGCACCCUCGCUGCCGAUUCUGCCCCGGUCCCCACCGCCGCCACUUCUCCUCCCGAACAGCCACCUCCCCCCCCCCCGCCGCCUCCCCCGCCUCCCCCACCACAGCCUCCCCCACCGCCGCCGCCGGGGAACUCCGCGGGCGCCGGCGAGCCAGAGCUGGUGUCGCUCAUCCUGAAUCGUCUCAAGAGUCAAGGCCUUUUCGACCAGUUCCGCCGAGAUUGCCUGGCCGACGUGGACACCAAGCCUGCAUAUCAGAAUUUAAGGCAGCGGGUGGACAAUUUUGUUUCCAACCAUCUAGCAACUCAUACAUGGAGUCCUCAUUUGAACAAGAACCAAUUAAGAAAUAAUAUCAGGCAGCAGGUUCUUAAAUCUGGAAUGUUAGAAUCUGGUAUUGACAGAAUAAUUUCUCAAGUCGUGGAUCCAAAGAUCAACCACAUAUUCAGGCCACAGGUAGAAAAGGCUGUCCAUGAAUUUUUAGCCACAAUGAAUCACCAAGAAGAGACCAAUCCCAGCUUUGCCCUGCCUGAAGAGAAAUUAGAACCUUCUGUUUUGCUGCAAGGUGUUCCUGCUGUCCCUCCAAAUGUGAAUAUGGCUAAUGAUGCUCUGUCUAUUUUGGAGACCAUAACAUCUCUCAACCAAGAAGCCAGUGCCACCAGGGCUUCUACAGAAGCAACCAACACCAAGACAAAUGAGAGAUUCUCAAAGAAACUCCUAUCUCAGCACAGUUUGGAUGGCAGCAUAGAGAGAGACCGUAAUGCAGAAGAUGUUGCUGAUGGAGAAAAAACUCCUUGUAACUCUACAGAAGAAAGUUUUGAACCAGUAGUAAACUGUGAAGAUACAAGUAAUUCAUUUUGUUCAAACGAAGAAGGGAAAACUAUAUCAAAAGAAGCUAGUAGCCUGCUUAAUCCAAGCAAGGAAAAUUUUCAGGAAAGCGAUGAACAAAAAAGUAAAGUGGUGGAUAAAUGUGAUAGAAAAUUGGAAAGCUUGGAAAAAGGCGAAAAGAAGAAAGAAAAGAAAGAAAAAUCUGACAAAAAAGUAGAUUUCUCGAAGAGAAAUGGUGUUGAUGUAAAAGCAAAAGAAGAAAAGACAAUAAAAGACAAAGAGACAGAAGUGAUAAAACAUUUAACCCUGGAAAAGAACACUAGUAAAAACAAAAAUGAAAAUACAAAAGAAGUGUUGGAAGAUUCUGAUGUGGACAUACUGAGUGAUAUUACUGUUAGCUCUGUGCAUACCAGCGACCUUUCUUCGUUUGAAGAAGAUAGUGAAGACAUGCUUUCUGAUAGCACAGAAGAAGGAGAAAUUGUUUCUGAUGACGAGGAAGAUGAAUGCAGCCAGAUUAAAGCAAAAUCAGACACAGAAGGGACAAAUGAUAAAAAAACAAAAUCUGGACGACAUGCUUACAUCCACAAGCCUUACCUUUAUUCCAAGUAUUACAGUGAUUCAGAUGAUGAAAGAACAGUGGAGCAACGUCGCCAGUCAGUUGCUAGAGAAAAAGAAGAGAGAUUUCUGAGGAGACAGCUUAACAGAGAAAAACUUGAAGAAAAGAGGAAACAGAAAGCUGCAGAAAGAACAAAAUCUCUGAAAAUCGGCCAUCAAGGUAAAAGCAUUCAAAAUUUGGAAGACCUUUCAAGAAGAAGCUUUGAUCUAAAAACUGGUGGUGCCAGCAUUAAGGAUGUGCUUAAAGAACAAAGAUUUUUGGAAAAGAAAGUAGCACUAAGCAGGAAAAGAAAAAGAGAAUCAAGGCAUGAUGAAGAGGGCUGGAAGAAAAAAUGUGAACAGCCUGAUGAAUAUUUUGGAGAAUUUGAAAAGAUAAAUGAAAGUAUUGAAAAGUUGUCUUCAAAAGAAAUGAAAGUCAAUCAAAGCAAAAAUGGAAAUAAAGUUGUUAGAAAAAUUGCAGAAUUGGGACUUUCACUGGAGGAAAAUAAAAGUGAAAUCAAAGUUGAAAAGGAACACAAGAGAAGAACGUCUGCCUCUUUCCAAUUGGAGGUUAUCCAGCCAGAUGUUGAAGGAAAAUCUCAAUUUGAAAUGGCAGAGGCCAGUCUAGAAGAGCCUCAAAAGCAAAGGAAUGUACUUAAAAAUGAAAAACAUAUUAAAAAAGAUGAGUCAGAAACACCAAGUGUUAAGAAUGUACUGAAGAAAGAGGCCAGACCAUCAAAAGAUAAAAAUGAAAACAAAGAAGACAAAUCAUUAAUGAAGUAUAAAUGUAAAGGAGAUAAUGUUCAGAAAACAAAUGAAAAUGUUGAAAAUGUACCAUCUGAGAAGAGCAUGAGAAAUGAAGAAACUGUUGUGAAAAAUAGUCAGCUAGCAAAAGUUUUGCCUGAUGAUAAAACUGAAAAGAAAAACAAGCAUAGAAGUGAAAGAAAGGCUUCCAUGAACAGCAAAGAGAUGAAAACCACUUCAGAAAAAAAUGAGAUUAUACGUAAAGAGAACAACAGAAAAGAGAGGCAACUUUCCACAGAGAAAUUGAAAGCAGAAUACAAAUCCAGGAAGUUUCCAAAUGAUUCUAGGCCACCAAAAGAGUCACAAAGUGCCUCAAAGACUCAUGUUUCUUCCCUAACAUCAAAACGAAAUGAAGAAGAAAAGCAUGAUGCAGAAUCAUCCAAUUUGGAUCAUAUUUUGCGGCAAGGUGAUAAUUUACACAAAGUCAGGCGAAGAUCAAAGAAUGGCUUAGAAGAAAGGAUCGUAUUAAAACCGAUGUCCAAGAGUUACAACAAAUCAGCCAAAGUACCUGAAAGUGAAUUACAAGAAAGUUUAUCUAAGCAGGAAUCCGUGCAGAAAUUGGACAAAGAUAAACAUUCAGAAGAGAGUGAUCCAGAUAAACAAUCUAAGUUCAAACAGGAAAUGAAAUUUUUUGAAGAAAAUUCCACUGAGUUGGAAAUUGAAAGUGAAGCACAUUCACUUAGUAGUUUCCAAAAAGAUGCUAAUCAUAAAGUUAAGGGGCAGUUGGGAGAAAAAAUAAGAGAGAGAAGUAAAAAUGAUAAAUAUUUGAGUACUUCCAGACUGGAAAGGAGAUUGUCAGCAGAUAAUCACAAAAGCAAAAAUUUUAAGCAUAAUAACAAGGACAUGAAAAAGAAAGAAGAUGAGGGCAAAUCAGAAGACAAAGGCAUUAAAGAAGUAGAAAACAAUGCAAAGAUGCCAGAAAAUCUGCACACAAAGAAGCCUAUUAAAAGAUUAAAUAAUGAACAUCAAAAGGUGAAUACAUCAACUCAAGAAAUAGAUACGAGAGAGGAAAAAAUACCAGCUGUCACAAACCCUUUCAUUUCUUUUCAAAAGACUACUGGGCACUUACUGUAUUCUGAUCAAACCCAGGAGCCAAUUGAGGAAUAUUACAGUGAUAUUCAUAAUCAACAAAGCCAAAUUGAGGAAGAAAGCAGUAACAAUUUACAGGGAAAAGCCGAAUUGAAAAAUAUUGUCAAAGACCAAAUACAUCAUCAUUUAAGGUCUGAAUUCAAUACAACAUUGUAUUCAAAUUUCAGUAACUCUGAAGGAAAAGUGGAAUUUUUUUCUACUAAGGAAGUAAAUAUAUCAAGUGGCACCUUCAGGCAGAUUCCAAAGGAUUUAAAUUGUUUUGAAAAAGAACAGCAUCAUGUAAAUGCUGCUUAUGAAGAAACUGAUCACGUUUUACCUGAUGCUGCUCAUGAAAAUGAAAAAUUAAAGUUUCAUGGAAUGACUGAGGAUGGUCAUAGUCCAAAGAAUCUUACAAGUAGAGGUCAUCAAAUUUGGAAAAGUAGUUCUUCAAUAAAGAGUUUAACAAGGGAAUGUGCACAUCAAAAAUCUAUGGAUGUAGAUCUUCCAGAAAUCACAGAGCCUUCAAAUAAUGGAUCUAAAGAGGGAUCUUUGAAUAGAUCUUGUGCUAAAUAUACCAUUUCAGAUAGUCAAACCCUUGCUGUUAAAAUGAAAUUUUAUGAUAACAUCGUGCUCAAUACAAACCUGAAAGAUGAUACUGCCAAUAUAAGAAUUAAAAAUUCAGAAGACACAAUACAUUUACCUUCUAAACUAAUACCUAGAAAAGGGAUAAGUUCUGUAGCAGGCAUUCAGGAAGUUACUAGGCAAAAAAGAACUGGAAGUGCAUCAACUAGUAUUUUAGAGAAUGAUAAUCUCAUAGGCUCAGAAGCAGCAUCUACAAAUAGAAGUGCAAACAAAUAUGUUUUAAUCAAUUUGGAGAAAGUAGAAAAGGAUCAUUUCAGUGAGGAUAUUGCAGAAUACAAACUGAAAACAGACAAAAAUCAGAGUAUUAGUAAUUUAGUAGAAUUAUCUUCAGGUUCAGUGCCCAAGAAUGUUCCAGAAAAAAAAAUCAAAGUAUCUGCACUCAUCAAAGGAGGAAAUGAUAUGAAAGAAGUUGCUGAAGAUAAUAAUGAAAGCAGUGUAGUAGGCAGUAGUGUAGAAGGUAUCCAUUGCAUUGUUAGUCACAGUAGCAUGGAAACUGAUGCAAAUGUUAUAGGAACUAGCACAGAAAGACCUACUGGGAACCCUUCCAUAGCUGAUAGUAUUAGAGAAAACCAUGGAGAUGAAGACGUGUCAAAUUUGCUAACCGAAGGUGAAGCCAUCAUUACUUGCUCAGAAGAACAAAGAAAGGCUCAUUUAAGUUGUGCAAGUAUAGAAGCAGAUGAAGGUUUCACUUUGGGCCCUUGGAUCAAAAGUAAAGAAAAUGCCCAUUCUGUAACAGAAAAAGCAAUUGGUGAGUGGACUGUCACAACGGCUGAAGAAAGUGGUGCUGUUAUGGAAGAGCUUGCAAUAUGUGAGAGUUCUUCAACCAGUAGAAAGGAAAGAGAAAGUGGUGAAUGCACUGUGAAUUACGUAGAAGAAAGUACAAAGAAGGCAGUCAAUGGAAGAAGAGAUGAACUUGAUCAAAGUGUGAAUAGCUGUGUAACAGAAGAGAAAGAUGAUGCUGUAACCAGUGCAAGCUCUGAACAAAAAUGUAUAGCUUCCAACUAUGUUGAUAUAAGCAAAUUUGAUGGCGGUGCCACCUGCACAGGUGAAAUAGAAAGUGAUGGUGCUGUAACCAGUGCAGGUACUGAAGCUCAGAAUCAGUCUAUGAUGGGUGAAAAUCCAGAUACCUUUCAGAGUAACUCAGUUCAAUGUGAACAAGCUAAAGCAGCUGAGGGCACUGUGACUUGUACAGCUAUAGAAACUGAGCACAUUGGUUAUGUUAUUUGUUCAGUGACUGGUACAGAUUCACAAGAGAAUGCUGUAACUGGGCUUUGCCCUGAAAUGGUAAAUAAUAUCGCGACAAUAUCCCAUGCUGAUAAAAGUGAAGACAUUGUAAAUGGUGAGAGUGCUGUCACUAGCACAGGAAUAAUAGCAGAAGAUGAUCCUGCUUGUACUCUUUUGGAGGAAAACCAGAAAGGAUUUGUAGGAGUCUCAGACCCAGGAGAAAAAUAUCAACUUGCCACAGACAGUACAGAAGUUAGAACUGAAACAAAUGCUGUUGAGGUCAGUCAAGGGUCAUAUAUUGAUGAUGAAGGUUGUGUAACCAGCACAGGUGAAAAAGAAGAGGAUGAAGAAAGUGAAAAUUUUGUAACUAGUACAGGAAGAGGCAAUGAAGAAGCAGAACAUGUGUUGACUUGUACAGGAACAGAAGAAAGUGGAAUGUUGCUUAUUAACAUGGGAAAUACAGAACAUGAAAGUUCUGUCUGUCUAUCUACAGAUCAGCUUGGAACAGGGUUAGAUGAAUAUUCUUUAAAUGCAAAUAAAAGUUCUAUUGAUAUUAUGGCAUGCUUAUCAAAAGAAAUGAAGGUUGAUAGUAUUUACAAUAAUAUAAAGGGGACAGUUGCAAGUAGCACCACUAGCGUUGGCAUAAGUAAUGAAAAUAUGGCAUUUGUCUCCCCGAAUGAGGAUUCUCUGUUUACCGAGACACUUAAGAGUAACAAUGAACUCUUAAAUAAACAAAGUAUAAAUCAGCCAUUGGUUAGUGAAAAGAAGAGUGAGAACACUGAAUCUUCCUUGGAUAACAGGAAAUGUGGAGAGCUGAUUAAGAUAGUAUCUAAGGAAAUAAAUAUAGUUUCAGCAUCUGCUAGUGAAAAUGAUAAAAGUAAAGGUGAGAUUAUCUCUACAAGUGGGGCCAAAUUGUGCUCUAUUUCAGCACAUUCUGCCAAACACAAUGAGCCAACAUUACCACUUGUUGAAAGAACAGUUGAAAACUUAGAGGAGUUCAGAGGUCUGCUAACAUCUGAAGAUUUCAGUUUUCCUGCACCAAGUACAACUGUCAAAUAUAUGAAUCAAGAUAGAGAUGUUAUGAAAUCUAAUAAAAUUUCUACUAGUAUUUUAGAAGAAUUUGAAACUCCAAUGCCAAUCGUAACAGUGAAAGAUACUGACACUAUACUUGCUACUAACAGAGUUGUAGAGAAAACCAACAGCAUGGAGAUAAAUGCCAUUCAUAUGCCCAGUGUAUUCACUGGAGGAAGUGAUGAAAUCCAGGUGGUUGGUAAUAAAGAGGGAAGGGAUGAAUGUGCUACAAUUUCCACAAGUAUAAUUGAAGACACAGAAACUCCUGUUUCAGAGGAAGGCACUGAAGACAUUGCUCAAUGCUUUGAUCUAAGACUGGCGCAAACUACUGAUACCACCACAAUCUCAACAAGUUCAGUAGAACAUUUUGAAUUUUCUGCUGAGAAACAAAUUAAUCAGAUCUCUGUAACAGAAGGAAAAUUGAAUUUUGCUCAGCUUGCAACUGAGAUAUGUAACAGAGUUACACAUAGUGUAGUUGUACCAAUAGAAACAAAACACAGAAGUAAAAAUACAGUGGUCUCCCCAAAAGUAGAAAAGUACAAGACUGUUCAAGGAGCUACAAGCCAAGAAUCUGAAUUAGAUGAAAGUGACAUGCAUUUACUUACAAAAGUAGGAAUAUGUCAUGGCCUUGAGUUCAGUAUUAUUAAUAGCAGAUCUGAUCAGUUGUUUAUUGCUUCAACUACAGAGGAUCUUGCAAAGAAUCCUGACAGAACAGGAGCUGCUGCCUCAGAAGAAAUUCCAUGUACAUUGACAAGCACAGAAUUGGAAGAGAAAACCAGUAUGUGCCCUGAAGAAUUAGAUCCCACUAUGUUGACAGAUUUAAAAAACAGUAAGAAUUUAGUUGAGUUACCUAAUGAUGGUCAAGGGAUCCAGGGUGAGGAAGAAAGUAGAGAACCUUCAGUUAUAUCCAGGACUAAUGGCAAUAGUGAAAGCAUAGAAAUUUCCACAAGUACAAUGGAACUUGUUAAUGUAGUUGAACUUCCCUGUGCAGAAAUAAGUUUUGAUUCCUGUGUCUGUCGUGGCCUAUCUGCUGAAACAAAUAUGGCUGGAAAUAAAUCCAAAGAAGAUGGGAAAUAUAUUGAGGUUCUGUCAAAACCUGCUGGUCUACUAGAAAAAAAAUUAUGGAAUGAGAAGAUAGACUUUAUUAUUCACCAACCAGUUUUAAAAGCUGAAGUUACUGAAGGAAAGGAUGUCUCCAACUCCAGUUCAUUACCAUUUGAAUUAGGAGGAAAUUCUGAGAAUGCUCAAUGUAGCAAGGCUGAUGUAAAUGCUAAAGUACCAGAUGCUCUUGUUCAUGGAAAUAUAGAAAACGAUCAUGACAGUAAAGUGGUGCGUCCAUUUGUGACUAACAGUCUGGAACCAAGGCUGGAGACAGCAACCGACAAGCUCCUGUGUACAAAUCCAGAAAAGGAACUUCACUAUGAAGAGAAACAGCCCGAAGAGGUUCUCAAAACCUUUGGAAAUACACAUGCUAUGGUCAUAACAGAAGCAAUAGAAGGUCAAAUUCUUAAAGAAAAAUUAUCAGAGCCAGAAAGACCUGAUCAGAACGAAGAGAGUUUCAUGCCAGAAGCAAUGAGGAGUCCUACUAUUGAAGAGGGUGGUGGUACACAAUGCCAGAUUUUGGAAGAGGAGGCCAAAGAAGAAAUUAAUGAGGAAAAAACUGCCAACAACUCAGAAGAAAUGCCUGAAUGUCAUGCUGUGGCUGGGAAACAUUCCUCAGAAUCUGUAAAAGAAAAAGAUAAAAUUAUUGGCAGAAUGGUUAUUUCUAACACUUUAGGUCUGGAAUCCAGUUUGAAUCCUGUUGAGAGAAGCAGUCUGCAGCAAGUCAUAGUUAAACGAAAAAGAGGAAGACCUCGCAAAUAUCCUGUUGAAAUAGCAGCAGUGCAGAGUCAGGAUUCAGCAUUGGACACAGUCAUGAGAAAUGUACUGCAGUCUUCAGGCACUAGCAGUAGACCAGUGAUAAUACCAGAAGCCAAUGAUUUUUUGAACAAUAGAAGCAAUGAAACUGAAAAAGAGAAGAGCAACGUGGUUAUGCGGUUAAGAGGAAGAAAAUCGAAACAGGCUUGUCUUUCAUCAGAAGAAACAGGAACAAACACAUCUGAGUCAUCUAAAAAACGUCAGAAGGUCAUAUCGGUCUCUGAAGAAAGCGUUAAGGGCCAGGAUGAAAUCAAGGAGAAAGGAAACAAUGGUGAAACAGAUGGAGAUGAGAUGCAUUCAGGAGCCACAACUAGGUCAGCGUCAAGAUUAGAAGCAGAAAGGAAGCAGCCAAACAAGCCAACAACCCGGGCCUCAUCAAAAAGCCAGAAUCCAUCCUCAGCUCUUCCUACAAAUCGUCAGAAAUUAGCAAAGAAGAAGCAGUCAUCUGCCACUGCAAAAGUGAACAAAAGUCCUCACUUGGCCCAAUCAAAAUUUCAACCCACCAAGCGCAGAAGGGAAGCAAGUCCCCCAGUGUCACGUAAGAAGGAUCGCCAGAGGGCUGAUGAGACUGACAUGAAAAUGUCAAAGCGAUAGUUGGAACCCAUGUCAGUGGGGAUUCAGGGUGGGAGGGAACGUUCUCUGCUCUGUAACGCUUGGAUGGGUUGCAUGUGUGUAUUUCCAAGAUGUAACAUAAUACACAUGUAAUAUUUUAAACAGCUUUAUAAACUAUUUGUUUAUGAAGAUGAUAUGAAUUAGAGAAGGUUUCUUUGUGUCCAGGAGGAAUUUGCUGAUGCUUCCAAUCCACUCUUCACUAGUGGCUUCUUAACACCUUUUUGUAUAUAAAACAUUUAUUUAAAAAAAGAUUGUAUUUUACUGUGUAUGAACAUAAUGGGAACACUUUAUUGAACUGCAACACCUGGUAUUAUAUCAUAUUGUUUUAACUGGAUUAGUAAAUGUUGUGCUGCCAUGCUUAGCGCUGGGUAGGACUAGGAGACGGAAGUGCGAAGCUAAUUGGGCUCAGAACAUUCUCAUAUUCGGUACAAGUAGAUAGGCAUAAGGAGAGCCUUGUUACUUCCUUUGUUGUGUUUGUAACUUUCUCUAUGCUAAGAUUUAAGAGUGACAUUUACAGUGUUGAGUUCAAUGUGCUCUUUCCUUUGGAAAUGUAUUCUCUACUUGUAAACUUUCUCCCAGUGUCCUAGCUGGAACAUUGCACAAGAAGAGUUUUUGACUGAAGAGCACAUCACCUUUCUAUGGAGCUCUUAAUUGUUCUUCUCCCAGGGCUUUUGUUUCUCCAUAGAAAAAUGGAAAACAAAAGGACUGAAAAGAUUGGCAACAUGCCUACUUUAUCCACUAGUAUUAAAGAAGCGCGUAGAAUCUGGCUAGUUGUCCAAACUUUUAGUAGACUUGCAUUUUACUCUCUCAAAAACAAAUCUUCAAUUUGAGUUCCAUGUAAAGCUUUUUUAUUGUUAAUCGCACUUGUCUCUUGCAAAGAUGUAAGUUGCCAAAUAUUAUGAGAUUAUUUUAAAAUGUUCAUAUUCAUCUUUUAUAACUAAAAUCAAUAUUGAUUUUUAAUUUUUUGUUGUAGUUAUUGUUUGGAGAUCUUUUGUUGUACUGUGGAUAUUUCUGUCAAAUAUUCUAGUUUGUUUCUUAUUGAAUUUUUAUAUAUAAAUUACAAAAUGUUUCCAAA